CGCGCUCGCUCUUCCUUAGCAUGGGCCCCUGGGAGCUGCAGCUCUGCACCUACGGCCUAGCCCUCGCCACAGCGCUGCUCCUCUGGGCGGCGUGCGCCUGCGGCUGGAGGAGGAGGAGAAUGCUCCAUUAUCAAAUAGAUGAUAACAUGUCCUGAAUCGUUGACUCUGGGGCUUUCACUAAACUACCCAUGAAUGCUGAAACCAUCUGUUUUUCUGGACGUUUGUCAGGGAGGACUGGGGAACCCCCAUUAAUAAAUGGUUGGAUUCCUUUCAUUGGGAAGGCCUUGACUUUUAAGAAAGAUGCUUUCAACUUCUUGAUAGCUCAGCAACGAAAAUUUGGAGAUGUUUUCACUGUACACAUUGCUGGUAGAUAUAUUACCUUUAUCAUGGACCCAUUCCAGUAUGUUUAUGUGAUCAGAAAUAGCAAGCAACUGGAUUUUUUUGAAUUUGCUAAUAAAAUGGCAUCAAAAAGUUUUAGCUAUCCCUCUUUGUUAGAUUUCCCAAACCUUAAGGAAAGAAUACAACGAAAUUACAAAUACCUGCAAGGCGAAGCUUUAGGCAUAAUUUCAGACCACAUGAUGAAAAAUCUCCAGCAUAUAUUUGAAUGGAAAUACUCUCAAGCAACAGAUUGGAAAACAGAAAAAAUGUACAAGUUCUGCAGCUUUCUAAUGUUUGAAGCCAGUUUUAUAACACUAUAUGGAAGAGAUCCUGCUGCAGAUGGCUACAAUGUUAUUAGUGAAAUCAGAGACAAAUUUACCAAGUUUGAUGCCAACUUUCCCUAUUUAGUUGCAAACAUACCAAUUCAGUUGCUAGGAGCUACCAAGAAGGUUCGGAAGGAGCUUAUACAUCAUUUUUUACCUUGGAACAUGGCAAAAUGGAUGGGAGGGUCAGAAGUGAUACAAGACAGAAAAGAUAUAUUAGAGAAAUAUGAGCUGCUCCAAGAUUCUGACAAAGCAGCACAUCAUUUUGCCUUCCUUUGGGCCUCUGUGGGAAACACGAUUCCAGCUACAUUCUGGGCCACAUAUUAUGUUCUACGGCACCCAGAAGCUCUUGCAGCGGUGCGUGACGAAAUUGACCAUUUGCUACAGUCAACAGGUCAAAAGAAAGGGUCUGGAUAUAACAUCCACCUCACCAGAGAACAAUUGGACAACCUGGUCUACCUAGAGAGUGCUUUAAAUGAGAGUUUACGCAUGUGCUCAUCUUCUAUGAACAUUCGGAUCAGCCAGGAGGAUUAUAUUCUCAAGCUUGAAGGAAAUCGGGAAGUCAGUUUGAGGAAAGGAGACUGGAUAGCUCUUUACCCUCAAAUUUUGCACAUGGACCCUGAGGUCUAUGAAGAUCCUAAGGAGUAUAAGUUUGAUCGUUUUAUAGAAAAUGGCAAGAAGAAAAACACCUUCUACAAAGGGGGAAGAAAACUGAAAUACUUUCUGAUGCCUUUUGGCUCUGGAAUCAGCAUGUGUCCUGGCAGGUUCUUUGCAAUGAAUGAAAUAAAGCUGUUUCUGAUUGUACUCUUGGCUCACUUUGACAUAGAACUAGUGGAAAAGAAGCCCAUAGGACUCGACAACAGUCGUUUCGGCCUUGGUAUCCUCUUUCCAGACUCUGAUAUUGUCUUUCGUUACAAGAUAAGGUCUCUAGAAGAGUAAGUUGCCUGAUGCAGAUUUCCCACUAAUCUCACUUUUUUUUUUUUUUGCUGUUUUCUGACAGUGCAUUUUCUUUGUAGAGAUGUUUGCUUUUCCUGUUUUGCUUUCAUCUCUCUCCUAUUGUGUAUGUUUUAAGUGAAAAAAGAAUAAUGCUAAUGCCUUAGGAUUGGAGGAUCACCCUCACAUAUACAAAAGCGGGAAUGGCAGAAAAUUGGGCAAGAAGUGGGGGCAUGGAAGAAAGCAGCAGCUCUGAGACAUUCACCUUGCACAGUAUCCUGAGCCAACGGAAAGAAUUACCUUCCACACUACAUCCUCUCUGCUGAGGACGGAGUAUUGCAAUUGGAAUAGCCAGUUGCCACAUGACUUUGUAAUCCACAUUAACUCAAUGUGGGCCUCUGUCCCCCUCUAGAGAGACUUUUGUCUAGAGAGACUUUUGUCUCCUCUGCUGCCCUUGUCUUACCAUGUCUUUUCCUUUAAAACAACUCAUAGAGGCACAGAGUUUUAGAUGGAAAAGUCUUAGGUUCAAUCCCACAGACAGUUGACCAAUCUGGAGGUGCCAUUACACUUGCUCAAGGAAACAUGACAUCCAAGGAUGAAGAAGUCCUACACAGCAGGGUGCAAGGGCAGCCUCACUAGAGAAAGACAAUAUUUUUUAUUCCCACCAUCCCCAAGCCUCUCUGCCCUCGGCACAGCAUUCACUAGAAACUGCAUAAAAUCUGUCUGGGUGGUUUCCUGAGGCCACCUUUCUUCUCUGGUAGUUUUACUUGAGGAAGGCCCCAGGUGAUCUUUGAUGACCCCAAAAUUGAUGAUGAGUAUUCCAUUGACCCCUCUUCCCUUCAGGCAUCCUUGCACUAAAGAAAGGCCUCGGAGAAAAAUACUAGGCUGUGUCUACACUGGCAUGAAUUUCCGGAACUGCUUAAAACGGAAUACUAUUCCGUUUUAAGUUUUUCCGGAAAAGGAGCAUCUACAUUGGCAGGCUUCUUUUCCGGAAAAGCCCUUUUUCCGGAAAAGCAUCUGUGGCCAAUGUCGUCAUUUUCGCAAUCAGGGCUUUUUUCCGGAAAAGACUACUGGGCUGUCUACACUGGCCCUUUUCCGGAACAGUGUUCCGGAAUAAGGACUUAUGCCCAAGCGGGAGCAGAAUAGUUUUUCCGGAAUAGCGGCUGAUUUUGUACAGUACAGCGCCGUUGCUUUUCCGGAAAUUCAAGGGCCAGUGUAGACAGCUCGCAGCUUAUUCCAGAAAAGCGGCUGAUUUUCCGGAAUAAGUGGCCCAGUGUAGACACAGCCCUAGUGUUUUUGUUUAGGAGACAUAUCCAAUGAAGUGCUGGAUGAGGAUCUUGGGAGCUUCUGGAAGUCCCUGCUUAAAUUAUACCGCCAAAUGGAAAGGAGAAUGAAUUGCUAUAAAUAGAGCUAACAUUUUUUUAAAUUCCCAUGGAGGUUUUCUCCUUGGGCCUUUUUCCUCUCUCCCUCUCCACCAGAAAAAAAUUAAGUAACUGCCAUGCCAUUUCAAAUUACACAGAUUUAACACUGUUCUACGUUAUCAAUAUAUUCUAUCUAUUUUUAGAAACAAAAAUAUAAACAAUUCCAUCAAAUGCAUUUACUGGUAAAUUGUUCACUUAAUGAUGCUGCCCCUGUCUUGGUUAUGGCUAUUUUCUUGUCAACGGAAAAACAAAUGAAUAGGUCCUUCUGUCUUCCCCCUCCCUGAGAGAUCCACCUUCUAAUACAUGGGGCUUAGCACAGGGGGAUAUGAUGUGUAGGAGUGUUGUGUUUAUUGUCUUGGCAGCAUUUCACUGGCUUUAGAGUGCAUUUUGAAAUUCAACAGUUUGUUAACAUUGUGCCAUGACUCAGUAACCUGAAUUUACUAAUGUUACAGGGCCUGAUUCAAGCUCUGUGAAAGACAACAAGAAGCUUUUGACGACUUGAAUAGGGUUUGAAUCAGGCCCAUACUUCCUACUGAUUUAUCUGAGCCACAAUACUACAUUAUGUCAUGUUUAAUGUGAGACACUCUGAAAGAACACCAUCCUAUAAAAAAUGAGACCUCUGUUUUGCCUACUCGCAUAACCAUUAACAUUUUGGAUGAUUAUAACUGAAAGAAAUUAGAGAAUAGUUUGUCUUGUUUACUGUGUACAUUUGACAGCACUUUGUGUUUGCCAGUUCUUCCUGUUGUUUUUCUUACAACCAGAAAAGAAGAAAUUUGUCAAAAACUAGAAAAAUAUUAUUGUAAACCCACAAGAUUGAUAGGUGGAUUCAAAGACAAAAAUAGCAUCUAAAACUACAUUUAAGCUUUAACUUGUUUUUUUGAAAAGAUGACUAAUUUUCAAGUUGAUGGUGUCAUUUAAUCUGUGUUUAGAACUAGAAAACUAUGCCUACAAAUUGUGAAAUAGUCUGCAUCUCUGGUUUCUGUUUAAAAUAACUCUGUAACUCGCAUUUCUGGUGCUUCAAAAGACAGUUAAAGUGCUAAGAAUUUGAGUAAAACUGUGUGCUUAAGACAAUUUUAGAAAUCUAACAAAACUGUGGCCUAAGUAAUGUUCUGCUACUUAAAGAAUAUUUAUAAUUGUACAAGAAGCUAACAACUUUAGCUUCACACAUAUCCUACAGACUCUGGAAAUUGUCCCCAUAUCAGUUGCACGCAGUUUCUUACUGGUGCUACGUUCCUCCUUAACAUACAAACUUCCUCUUUUGGGGUCAAAUCCUGAGCCGACUUUGUGCCCUCAGCCUUUAUGUGGUAACCCUAUACAAACAUAUAAAUUAGCCGUGGACUCACUUAGGGAGAGCUGACAGCUAGUUGUACAUGACACACAAGGGUUCUGCUUCAUAAGUAAGCUCCUCAUUCCCCUUUUCUCUGUUGUCAGCUGGAGACAGGGCCAGGGACACAGAGGACACUUCAGGGAUUGAUGGGGACUCUUCCCCAUCCAUUUCCAGCUUGCCAAGAUGAUGGUUUUAGGGAGACAAUCUUCAGCCCAGUAGGUCUUGCACUGUCUUCUUCAAAAAAGCUCUUUUUCAAUCUGUCAGCCAAGGGAGGGCAGUCUCUGGACUACAUAGGGUUGAAAGAGAUCUCAGGAGGUCAUUGAGUCCAAACUCCUGCCCAAAGCAGGACCAACCCUAACUAAAUCAUCCCAGCCAGGGCUUUGUCAAGCCAGGGCUUCAAAACCUAUAGAGAAGGAGAUUCUAUCACCUCCCUAGGUAACCUGUUGCAGUGCUUCACCACCCUCCUAGUGAAAUAGUUUUUUUCUAAUAUCCAAUGUAGACCUCCCACACUGUAACAUGAGACCAUUGCUCCUUGUUUUGCCAUCUGUCACUACUGAGAGAAGUCUCUCUCCAUCCUCUUUGGAACCCUCCUUUAGGUAGUUAAAGGCUUCUAUCAAAUCCUCCAUCAUUCUUUGGCAGACUAAAUAAGCCCAAAUCCCUCAGUCUCUUCUUGUAGGUCAUGUGCAACAGCCCCCUAAUCAUGGGUGUCGGGUCCCAAACCGCCAGGCAUAGCUCCACCCACACUUCACCCCCAUAACGCCUGCUAUAGGAAUUCUGGGGUGGAGUAUUGCUACCCCCAGCACCCGCCCCUCCCAGUGCUCUGAGGUAGGGGAGGGCAGGCCUGGCCACGUGGCACACCCUCCUCCCUCCCCCUGUGGUCCGGGGCUAGAGAGCCUGGGCCAGGCCAUGCGGCACAGCACACCCUGCCUCUUCGUUCCACAGCGCUCAAGAGGCUGAGCUGGGUUUGGUUGAGCCGUGCUGCACGGUGCACCUUCCACCAAGGUUGGGGAGGCUGCAGCCAGUGUGCGCCCACUUCCUUCUCCUUCCCUCCCCUCCCCGUGGUUGGAAGGGGGGAGCACACGCAUGGCAUGUCGUUCAGCCUCCCAGGAAUGGGGAAGGGGCAGGGCCUACCAGAAAGGACAUGGCUGGAGGUCUUGCCUCCCCCAGCCCUACCUUCAACAACUGCCCAUGCCCCUAAUCAUUUCUGUUGCCCUCUGCUGGACUUUCUCCAGUGCAUCCACAUCUUUUCUAUAAUGAGGGGCCCAGAAUUGGACACAGUACUCUAGAUGUGGCCUCACCAGUGCCAAAUAAAGGGGAAUAGUCACUUCCCUGGUUCUGCUGACAGUGCUCCUACUAAUUCACCCUAAUAUGCCAUUAGCCUUCUUGGCUACAAGAGCACAUUUUUGACUCAUAUCCAGCUUCUCAUCCCAGGUCCUUUUCUGAUGAACUGCUGCUUAGCCAGUCGGUCCCCAGCCUGUCGUGUAGCAUACCCUGCUGAGUCUCUUCCUGGUUGUCCAGUCUCCCAAAUGCUAGGAUGUGACACUGUACAUGAACAAUGCCUGCCCUGAAGAUGUGCUCCGGCAUACAGUUAUCAUUUAUACAAGUUAGACUAGAAAGAGUUUGGAGAGACAUGUCAGCAUUUAGAUGCUAGUUUGGGGAACCUUUGUAUUUGUCUCUGUAGUUGCAAAGAUAAUUUGUUUCAAGGCUACAUUAGCUACAUGGGUGUGAGCCAAGACAAAAUUUGUCCCAUAAACAUUUGUGAGCACUCUCUUGAGUUGUAAUUAUUGACACAUGUGGAGUCAAUGAACCCAAAAGAAAUUGUGGGAAGCUACCUCAGUGUUUUUGAGCAAGUCAUUUAGAACUAAAUACUCAAGCCUUCAUUCCUUUUUAGUGCCUCCUUUUUAAAGUGCCCUAUAUUGACAGCAGCCAAGUGUUAGUGUUGAUAGGUGCUGGCACCCACAAACUCUGCUUGACCUCAGUGGAAUUUGUAGCUGCUCUGAGAAAUCUGAAAAGUAGGCCAAAGGUGUCUGCACCCAAUUGAGCACCAAAGUUAGUGAACUUUUUUUUAAGUAAGUCUUGAUCUCCGUGUGCCUCAGUCUUCCUCAUCUUCAAAAUCAGGAAAAUCUUAUCCUUCUUUGUAGAACACUUGCAGACAAAUGGAUGAAAAGUGUUAUGUAAAUACUACAGAGUCCUAUUAUUUGUUGUCUAUGCGUGAGGCCAUUUAAUUAUUCACAUAAAAUAUAUACCCCAUAUCAAUAUCACUAGAAAGACUUUCUGGAUUGACACAUCUAAGCUCCCAGGCCUCUGAGAAGAAAAUUGUUUUUGUGAGAUAUAUUAGAUGAACAUUUUCUCUUCAUAUGUAAUAUCAAUAAUACCUACGGUAUUGGAGUAUACUUAUGUUAAAUGGGCUUUGCAGUUGAUUAAAUGCCUGAACUUUACUUCAGUAUUUAAUCAACUGCAAAAGCUGUUUAUUGCUUGUAUACCCUAGCUCAAUAGAAUAACAUUUGUUUUUAUAUACAGCCUUUCAUAUUCAGGUUAGUUACUAGUGUAGUGACUCUGUGGGCAAACACCACAGCUAUUAUAUAUGGAGUCAUACCUCGCAAUCCAGCUUGGACGUUCAAACCUGUUUUACUGAGAGCGCGAAAAUGUUGACAUCAUUACAAUGUUGACUAUAGAUAUUAUUGCUUAAAUGUAAGCAGUAAAAUGUCUCAUGACAUAGUUAUGAUAAAUCUUUCAUUGGCAUUCCAUUUUGAAACAAAUGUGAAGCAACUGUGAAAAUAAAAGUAGGUAUUUGUUUUAAACAUAAGACCUUCUUUGACUCAUACUGUGCUUUUAGGAUUUUGAAUUAGAGUAUAACAUGCUGCAGCAUAAUUUAGUAGAACGUGCUGGGGCAGUGCCAAAAGUGAAUAAAAAACAUUACUACUUUCAGAUUAAUCACGGAUCAGUCGGUAUAAAUAUCUAUUCAGAAAUAAAACAACAGAGUAUGUGCAGAGUAUGUGCAGACAGGUAAAUAAAAACCUAUAUCCCCCAACUGUUCUUUCCAAUGUCACGUCACAAGUAAGAGGUUGAGAUCCAGUUCUCCAAGGUGCUGAGCACCCUCUACAUAGUUACUCACUUUAAUAGGCGUAGAGAAUGCUCUGCAUCUCAUAGGAAUGAACAUUUGAUUGGAGGUAAAAAUGGCCAUCGCUUUUGUUAAAUAACCAAACUUAAGCCAGGUCAAGAACGUCCCAGCCAAAUAGAUUUCAGGUCUGCACAGGCUGUAUCAAGAAUCUAGACAAUGUCUUGGUUUGCACCCAAGCAAGAUGUCUAACACUGAUUGUCCAGAGCUGGCAUCCCCUAAUGAGAACCCACCGUGGGACUUUCUAUCCAUGGCUAGCAAUGGUGC